GAUCGAUCGUGUAGUUUAGAUUGCGUUAAACCCACAAAUGGAAGAGAUGGGAGCGAAGUUUUCUUUGGAACAACAGUGGACAUGUAAGCAGUGUACCUUGAUAAACCCAGGCAGAAAUUCCACCUGCUCCGCUUGUGGCCAUCGUAAACAAUCCACCGCGACAUGGACUUGUCGAGUUUGUGACUCUCGUAAUCCACAAACUUUAGUUCUUUGUAAUAGCUGUGGAUCGGAUAAGGGGGUUGCUCGAAAUGCUGAUAGCAAUGGUAAACAAUGGACAUGCCCUCGAUGCACUUUAACGAAUCCGUGGAAUAGAUCUGUCUGUUCUGCUUGCCAGUUCGAACCUUCUAUCGUUGUUUCCAAUUCUGUGAAAGCUUCAGAAAGUGAAGGGACCUCUUCAAGUCAAAGAAUUUAUCCCAAUCUGUCGCUUGAAUUACAUCCAACUAUUGCUCAGCAAAGUUCAGAAGGUUUGAAAUGUCCUAAUUGCCAAAGUUUGUUAUAUGACAAUAUCGGAGUUCACUGUACAGUUUGCCAUUCACCUUGCCCGGAAGAGGGUUUUAAACCACGACCAUUCCCUAAAUCUUCCAUUCCUUCAGUUUCUAAAGGCCCUCUUACAGACAACUGGGGUUGUUCCCAGUGUACGUUUGUCAACGAAAGUUCUAAUUCAGUUUGUGCAGUUUGCGGAAGUGAUCGUGGAGUUGAGGCUAAACCCGGCACUUUGAGAGAAGAUACUGACUCAACAGGCCCUGGUGCGGUAGAUUCUGGUUGGUCAUGCACAACAUGCACUCUGGUUAACCCAAUUAACACUGCGGUGUGCAGUGCUUGUGGUGCCAAAAAUGAUCUUGCUGUAGAUGAUGGAGAGAUCGAACGGGCAUCACCCACGGCUAGUCCAAGGAAAGCAAUGCAGCGUCAACAGAGUAUUAAUUCUGAGUCCAGGAGAAUUCGGGAUGAGAAACAAGCUAAAGAACAAUGGAUCAAUAUUGUGCAGUAUUGUAAAAGUACCAAAAUUGAAUUUGUUGAUGACUCCUUCCCACCCACUGAUAAGUCUCUAUACUUUGAGCCACGCCAUUCUGAACACCCUCGUGUGACAGAUUGGCGACGACCUGAAAACAUCAAGGCAUUUAGAGGAGGGCAUGGUACAACAUCAAUUCCUUUGGCUGUAUUCCGUAAUCCUAGGCCUGAUGACAUCAUGCAAGGAGUCCUGGGUGACUGCUGGUUUUUAAGUGCAAUGGCUGUUUUAGGUGAAAGACCAGAACUUUUGGAAAAGAUUUUAAUAACAAGAGAGAUCAAUAAAGAGGGAGCUUACCAAGUUCGGCUUUGCAAAGAUGGAAAAUGGACAAUAAUCUUGGUUGAUGACUUACUACCUUGUGAUCACCAUGGACAACCAGUUUAUUCACAGGCCCGCCGACAGCAAUUAUGGGUACCAUUGAUUGAGAAGGCCAUGGCCAAACUGCAUGGUUGUUAUCAGGCUCUCACUGCUGGACGCUGCAUUGAAGGCCUGCAGACUUUGACAGGUGCACCUUGUGAGAGUUUUGUGCUGCAUGAGCCUCAAAACCCUACAAGUGAUGCAGAGGCUAUUGAUAAAGACAUGAUUUGGGCACAGCUUCUGAGCUGCAGGAGUGCAGGGUUUCUAAUGGGUGCCUCUUGUGGUGGAGACACAAAGCCAGAAGAAGAAGAUCUUUUUGCAGCGGUUGGCUUGCAAACUCACCAUGCUUACUCAGUGCUUGAUGUUAAGGAUGUUCAUGGCGUAAGACUCGUUCGUCUUCGAAACCCCUGGGGUCGCUUCUCGUGGACUGGUGACUGGUCUGAUGGGUCCUCUUUGUGGAACCCUGAGUUAAGAUAUGAUCUGAUGGCCCUUGGGUCUGAGGAAGGAGUCUUUUGGAUGUCCCUCGAAGACUUCAUGAAGUACUUUGAUAGUGUAGACGUCUGUAAGAUCAGAAAGGGCUGGGCAGAGGCUCGUGUCAAUGGAUGCUUCCCUACAUUUGCUGGUCCUCCAGCCAAGAUUGCCCUGGUGAAUGUGUUUAACACAACUGAAGUCGACUUUUGCUUGUUUCAAGAAGGAGUGAGGGGGAAGUCGGAAGGUAAUAAAGCUCUCCUUGAUCUGUCAAUCAUUGUGUGUCGCACAUCCUCCGAUACAACAAAUCCCAAGCCUCUUUCACUCGUUUGCCACAGUAAGAGGCAAGUGAAGUCCAAUGUAUCGUGUAGCGGUAUUCUGGAAGAAGGAACCUAUAUGAUUGUUUGUUCAGCCUUUAACCAUUGGCAGUUAUUAGAAGCAAGUGGUAAUGAAGCUAUGGGAGCAUCAUUCGUGAAAGGACUAGUGGGUGAAGAACUUUUUCCAAGUUACGUACUCACUAUUCACAGCUCCCGCGCUGUCAUGGUAGACCAGGUUCCAAUGACAGAUUACUCUUUGGCUGAUUCGCUGUUGCAUUUGGCUACGACAAAAGGCAAACGGCACGAGGGAAUUGAAGGAGUCACAUGUUACUACAUGGCACAAGGGAUUGCGGGAUUAAUUGUUGUAGCGGAAAACCGCCGACCAGAUCACCACUUGCUAGUAGAGUGUAACUGCUCAGAGAGCUUCAAUGUGGUUUCAUCAAGAGGAGUGCUAAUGACCACCGACUGUGUCCCACCCCUUCACAAGCAAAUUCUGAUUCUUUUGACCCAAUUGGAAGGAACAGACGGUUUUGCUGUGUCCCAUAAACUCAGCUUUCGCGUCAUUACUGGUAAUGGUUAUGGAGAAUAUGGUGCUCACAAUCACAAUCCACAACUGACACCUGAACUAUAUGGACUGCAUAGCGCGCGACCCUUAUGACGAAAGGCUUUGUUCACGCGUUUUAUGAACCUAAACCAAAAGAGUAGGCCUAGCCACAAGGUGUAAUACGAACCAAACCGCAAUGAGUUCACAGAAAUGGUUUUAAGGCAAAUACUGACCUGGGAGAUCUUGCGGCCUCCAGGAUGAUGACUUGAUGGAAUAUGAACAGUGAAACAACAUUUCCAUGAGCGUCUCAAAACCCAUGUUUAAAAACUAACGGCUAAUCAAGACGAAGACAAAAUUUCACCGAACGCCGAUUAGAACUCAAUUAAAAAAAAAAAAAAAGGAAAUCGAGUCAAUCGCAGGAAAUGGCGAGUGGCCAAGUCUCGAUUGGGUUUAGUGGUGUAUCUGAUUGGUUGAGAACGUUGUGCUCCAUCAAUCACAAGGCGAAGAAAAGGAUACCAAUCUAAAACUAUUUCAUUUGGAUUAUUUCCAUAUUAUUGUUUUUAAUUCUCCUUUGGCGCAGGGUCGAAUAAGUCUGCGAAAAGGUCAGGCGAUUCUUUCGGGAAAAGUUGAGUCUGAAAAAUCUUUCUCUUAAGUAGUUUUUAAAGUGAAAGCAAUACAUUUUUCAUUGAAUUCUUAAUAGUGCAAUAGUGAAAAUGAGUACCCUCUAAAGGUGUUAUAAAGGAGUGGUGAGUGAUCUUUGGAGAGACAGGAAAAAAAAACAUGCGGGUGCCAAACUUUCCUUUUUGCAUUACAAACAAUCGAGGUAAAUUUUAGGUCAAUCACAAUUUAUAGAGAACACCAUUAUUAUUAUAGAUAGUAUCAUCAGAACUCAUGAAUCAUCAUUUUACACUUUAUCAUUUUACUUACAGAUUUCUGGUUCAUCAAGUUCUGUUGCUUACAGCAAUUAAUAUAGUUAGGACCAAAUGUAUUUUAACACCUACUUUUCGAAUAAGGUUUGAUGAAGUUAAUCGUACGACAUUCUAUAACCAGAGACUAUUUAUCAGGAUUUUAAUACUGUUCUCAUUUUAAGCUAUCUGGUUCCGGAGGGUUAACGGUAACAUUAAAAUGAAAAACGUAAACAAUGGGGUCAGUGGAUAGGGUGGUCAAUAGAUCAGGCUAGCUCAGGUACUUCGAAAAAUUAUUUUCUUUUCAUUCAUUCCGAUGAAGCUACAACAAGAAAAGAAAACGUAACUGUGCUGAAUUGCAAUCACUCUCACGUAAUCAUUUGUACCGUUGGUUCUAGAAUGCGUACUUUCCCUGAAUAUUUAAUUACUACAUUUGUGUACCAAAUAAAAUCUUUCGAUAGGGUCCGUAAAGAUUUUUUAAAGAAAAUGCGCAUUGUGGAUUACACUUCAGUGCGUCUGCAUAACAUUUA